CCGUCGGAUGUCCUCUGAAAUCCCUGGCCCUACGUCACCCGCCACCGCCCAGAGGACGCCCUGAGUGGCGUGAGGAUAGACGGUGCAGGGUGGGACCCGCCCGAGGCCAGCCGCCGGCUGCAGAAAACGCCCGAGACGGCAACGGCUCCCGGGGCUCCCGGGGCCGAGGCCGGAAGCCCCGCCUGAGCUCGCCAACCGCCAGCCAGCGCCGGGCCGGCUCGAACGUGACCUUGUUUUGCCGUUGCUAGGCGACGCGGCUCCCGCACGCCCCCCACUGGCCAGCGCCCGCGGGAGCGCGGGGAGGGGCGGGGCCGCGGCAGGCAGGGGAGCGGUCGGCCGCGCACCGUUAGGGCAGACUGGGGCGCGGCGCCCGCCCGGCGCCCCUGGAAGCUGCGUCUCGGCUCCUGCCGGCGCCCAGGCCUCGCUGUGCCCUCCGGCAGGGAGUAGCGCGCUCGAGAGGGCUGUGAGCGACGCGGGGUCAGAACGAGGGAAGGACGGCUAGUCAGUCUUGUAGCUGGAUCCCCUAGGAAGAGAAGUUCUAAAGCAGUAAGAAGAAAGCAUUUCAAUUUGGAACAUUUAUUUGCAGCUGGCAAUGGGGAAUGGGCUGUCAGACCAGACUUCUAUCCUGUCCAGCCUGCCUUCGUUUCAGUCCUUCCACAUUGUUAUUCUGGGUUUGGACUGUGCUGGAAAGACAACUGUAUUAUACAGGCUGCGGUUCAAUGAAUUUGUAAAUACUGUACCUACCAAGGGAUUUAACACUGAAAAAAUUAAGGUAACCUUGGGAAAUUCUAAAACAGUCACUUUCCACUUCUGGGAUGUAGGUGGUCAGGAGAAAUUGAGGCCACUGUGGAAGUCAUAUACCAGAUGCACAGAUGGCAUUGUGUUUGUUGUGGACUCUGUUGAUGUUGAAAGGAUGGAAGAAGCCAAAACUGAACUUCACAAGAUAACUAGGAUAUCAGAAAAUCAAGGAGUCCCUGUACUUAUAGUUGCUAACAAACAAGACCUGAGGAACUCAUUGUCUCUCUCAGAAAUUGAGAAAUUGUUAGCAAUGAGUGAACUGAGCUCAUUGACUCCUUGGCACUUGCAGCCCACCUGUGCAAUCAUAGGAGAUGGACUGAAGGAAGGACUUGAGAAACUACAUGAUAUGAUCAUUAAAAGAAGAAAAAUGUUGCGGCAACAGAAAAAGAAGAGAUGAAUGGCGAUGCCUUUAUAUCUGUGUGGAGUAGCUUUUCUCUGGUCUGAUUUUGACAAAUGGAAGCGUGUCUACAGUCUGGUUUGCCUGCCUGCCCUCCUGGAUGCUGUUUAAGCUGUGUUUUGUUGAACAAUCAGAUGCCCAACUCUGUUGCCUUGUGGAAGAUGAGUAAAUGCAUUCCUUCUUAAAAUGGUCUCUUCUCCCUACCCCACAAAUCUUGGUACUACCAUUUUGGGAAGCCAAGCAGGGAUAGUGUUGGCCAGAAAACUGUUGUGGAAAUUUGACCUGAAGUUAGUGAAAUAAAACUUUGAAGAGUGUCUGCCUAGUGUUUUGUGCUUAUAUCUUUUGGGGGGAAGCCUUUGCAAGGAGAUUGCGUACAAAACUUUGUAUGUUAAGAUAAAAUGCUAAUAAAUGGAAAUGUUAAGGUAGAUUAUAUAUAUAUAUAUGUAUAUAUAUAUAUAUAUACACAGUUGUAUUGAUCACAUUGGUCCAACCAGUAAGGGACAAGGAACAAGUGUUUGGUCUUUUAAGUUUUGGCCAAAUGAAUUUUGACAUUUUUUGGAUUCAAGUAAUGUAAUGCUGUACCUUAAUCCUAGACAAUGUUUAAGUUGAUAUAACUUAAAAUAAUAAAAAUAAGGUAUUUGGGACACAUUCAAAUGCAUGGAUUAGUUUUCCCGAUAAAGCAUGUUUUGGUGUGUUAAUCUUUUACUUUUUAGAAAUAGCUAUGCAUCUUUCUACACGGUCAGGUUUAAAACACCUUUUUUGGGAUUUAGGGCUGUUGUAGAAAUAGUUGUUGUCAAAAGCACUUUCACUUGAAGAACCUGAGAUUUACUUAACUCUUUUAUAUAGUAAAUUUAGGCAUGUAGACUAAUCAUAAAUGCAUAUGCUUGGGGAUGUGUAUGGAUUUAUGAAGAAAGCAAUUGAUGACUUCAGUCAAGAGGACGUAAUUACCAUACAUGGUCUCUAAAGGAUUCCAGUUGUAAAAUAUUUGUUUUGUUAAUAUUUGCUGGCUGAACACAGAAGUAGUAUUUCAUAUAUUUUUGUAGUGUUUUGAGAGGAGCAAAAGCUUUAUAAACAACACAAUGCACUGUGGAGUGAAAAUGUAAGAGCUAUUCUAUAUGUUCUCUGAGCUUUAAUUUCUUGUUUACAAACGGAACAGUGUUACACAGGCCAUCCAGUCCUGAUGAUAAGGUAGGAAGAAAUGAUACAGUACUUCAGAUAAGAAUUACGAUUAUAGAAAAUGAAGGAGAAAGUAGCAAAGCUAUGUUUUGUGAAAGUUCAUUGAUGCUGUUUACAAUGGAAUCCAAAAAACCGUUGAGAUUAAAAGGAGGAAAAACCUUUACCCAAUUCUCAUCUAUAAGAAAAGACUUCUUUCCAGUGAUCAUGUCUUAGCAAAUCAACAUAAUUUCUGUGUGUAAAGCCAGCACCUGUUUGUUCUGACUAUACCAAGAGAAAUGCACUUUGCUAGCAGAGAUUUGCUUUGGUUUGGGGUUUUUUGUUUUUUGGUUUUUUUUAGUGGCACAAUUGAGUUUUUGGAAACUUGAUUCUUGUUACACACAAAAUAAAGUAGCUUCCUGUGGAGCUUUCAUAUGUUAAAUGUACCUGCACUAGUGAUAGUCACUUAGAAUGUUUAUAUUUAUAGAAAUGUGGAUAAUAACUGCCAAUAAACUACUUGAGCCACUAGGA